UGCCAGAGGCCGCUGGGGCUGCUUGCUCGCCGGGCCCCCGGGGUGGUGGGCGAGGGUGGCGAGCAAGGCAAACCCUGCUGAGGGCGUGAGGAGGGAAAGAACUUGAAUGGGUCCUCUCCCGACCAAAGACAUUGUCUUUUUCUCGAUAUAUUUAGUCGGAAGGACUAGUGUAGUAGAUCUGCCCUAAACGUGCAGCUGAUCCAUUUUCCUCGUUGUAGUUUCCGCCCUUUUAGAGCAGAAAUGCGUCGCAAGAGCUAAUGGUUAUCUCGGUUGAUCGAAUACAACCUCAGACCUCCCCACCCCCACCCCGGUCUCCGGACCACUUGCCAUCUCUGCAGGACCCUGGAAUUAGACUGCAAUUGAAGCUACUGGGUCCCCUCUUGUUGAUUCUUCUUGUCUCCAUCCACAGCACAGCCUGGGGAAAAUAAGGACUCAGCCUGAGGAUUCUCUCUCUCCCAAAAGGGGAGCGUUAAAGAGGAAGGAAUGUCCUCUGUGUUCCUGACAGCUGGACCCCAGGAAUCAGUGACAUUCAAGGAUGUGGCUGUGGACUUCACGUGGGAGGAAUGGGAGGAACUAGAUGUUGCUCAGAGAGACCUCUACCGGGAUGUGAUGUUGGAAAACUAUAGAAAUAUAAUCUCACUAGGGACUCAGGUUUCUAAACCAGAGGUGAUAUUCUUGUUGGAACAAGGAAAAGAGCCCUGGAUGGUAAAGAGAGAAGUUCCAAGAGUCAUCUGUCCAGGAGAGAGAUAUCAUAAAUGUGAUACAUGUGAGAAGAAUUUCAAACAUAUUUCACGUCUAGUUAAACAUCAGAGAAUUUGUACAGAGAAGAAAUACUCUGAACUUAAUGACUAUGAAAAGUCGUUUUUACAGCAGACCCACCACACUCAAAAUCAGAACAUUUGUACUGGAGAGAAACCUCAUAAAUGUAAUGAAUGUGGGAAAGCCUUUAACAGAACUGCACACCUUAAGUUACAUCAGAGAAUUCAUACUGGAGAAAAACCCUAUCAGUGUAAUGAAUGUGGGAAGACCUUCAACCAGAAUGCACACCUUACUCAACAUCGGAAAGUUCAUAUUAGAGGUGAUCCCUAUACAUGUAGUGAGUGUAAGAAAACUUUCCGUCACCCUUCAUCUCUUGUUCAACAUCAGAGAAUUCAUACUGGAGAGAGACCUUAUAAAUGUUAUGAAUGUGGACUAACUUUCAGGCUAUAUGUAUAUCUUACCCUACACCAGAGAAUCCAUACUGGAGAAAAACCCUAUAAAUGUAAUGAAUGUGGGAGAACAUUCAGAUUGCGUUCAAUCCUCAAUCAACAUCAGAAAAUUCAUACUGGAGAAAAACCCCAUAAAUGUAACGAAUGUGGAAAGGCCUUCAGUCGAAUUUCAUUCCUCACUGGACAUCAAAGAAUUCAUACUGGAGAGAAUCCCUAUGUCUGUAAAGAGUGUGGGAAGGCCUUCAAACAGAGAUCAUCCCUUAACCAACAUCGGAGAAUCCAUACUGGAGAGAGACCCUACAAAUGUAAUGUCUGUGGAAGAGCCUUCACUGGCCGGACCCAAUUUAAGCAGCAUUACAGAAGGCAUACUGGAGAGAGACCCUAUAAAUGUAAUGAAUGUGGGAAAGCCUUCAGUGGGACUCCAUUCCUCAAAAGACAUCAGAAACUUCAUACUGGAGAGAGACCUUAUAAAUGUGAUAAAUGUGAAAAGACUUAUAGGCUAGAAGAAAAUCUUGUGCAACAUCAGAGAAUCCAUUCUAAAGUGAAACCUUACAAAUGCAUUGAGUGUGGGAAAGCCUUUGCCUAUAGAACAUGCCUUACUCGACAUGAAAGAAUACAUAAUAGAGAGAAACCCUAUGAAUCUGGGAAAACUUCUAAUCAAAUUUCAUACCUUACCCAACAUCAGAGAAGUACUAGAAAGAAAUCCUUUGAAUGUGCUGAUUGUGGGAAAACUUUCAGUUACAGUGCAGCCUACAUUAGACAUCAGAAACUUCACAGUGGAGAAUAGCCAUGUGAACAAAAGGAAAACUGCUUUUAAUUCCUGUGAUUUUAUCUGGAGUUAAAAGACAAAAAAAUCCCUUUCAGUGUGUCAUUUCUCUCUCCCUUAUGCAUUUGGCUAUUACCCAGAAGCUGCCAAGUUGAGUACAUCUGUUUGGGAAGUGUGCUGUUCUACAGGGGGAAAUGGUCAACAUUUACAUGAGGCAUAAUAAAGAAAACCUUAUUAAAACAAACCUCAUUCCUUAAAGGAAACCAUGUAACUUAAUAGGAACCUUUUGGAACAAUGGAAAUGAACAGAUAUAAUUAUCAUACUUAAGUCGUGUUAAUGGAAAAUUGUGAUAUAAACAGAAAUAUAAGCCAAAUUUUUUGUUUACAUGUGCAUAAUUAUAAUUGGAAGCAAAUUCCUGACAGAACUGAUGCUGAAGUUUUCAUAGAAGUAACAAGAUUUUAUUUAAUUAACUAUAUGUGGUAGAUCUUUACAAACUAUAUAAAUCAUGAUAAUAACAUUAACAAAUUGUAAAGAAAAUUAUGAAUUUGAGGAAUGAAUUGAAUAUUGAGCCAAAGUAUCCCUCUUGAAGUGAAAGGAAAAACUUUAUUUUAAUGUGAUCUUUUUUUUGUAAUCUCUUUUAUUUGAGGUAGGGACAACUUUUUUUUAGCAAAGUUAUUACAUAAGAGUUAAGUGGAUCACUAAAGUCUGCUAUCAAUUAGACGUGCUUUGAUGGCUGAGAAUUGCAAAUUGUAAGCCAAUGAAUGAAGCUUGAGUCACUUUGUUCAUAUUGGUGAAACUCAAAUUAGCUGGUAGUUUUCUUAAAUGAUAGACUUCGUUCUCUUCUGUAAAUUAUGAAGGAAGUGACUUCUUAGGGAGGAAAUAUGCAAGCCUAAAGAGAUCAUGGGCUGAGCUGGCUUAGGAACCUUUAUUUAAAGUUUAGAUAUCUAGCACCUAGCAAGUCUUGUACGACUAAGGUUCUCUUUCAUAAAUAACGUUAUUUUUGCAUAGUCUUUCCAAACAUGUAUAUCCAUGUCUUGGCAAACAAAAACACUGAAAAGAUGGUGGUGUUAAAGGGUUGAGAUAUAUUCCAUCUUUUCAAUAUACUCAGGAAUUUAGUUUGUUUAAUUUUAGUAGUGGAAAUAGAUAUUGCAGAACAUGAUAGGUUUCGUUCCCUUUGGAUGAUAUUAACAGCAAAAAGAAAGUUUUGACUGGCAGGAUAAAUUAAAUUUGUUUUAAUGUGGAACAGUCACAGCAACAGUGCUUUCCAAGGGCUAGCCUAGCCAAACAUGCAGCAGUCAUUUCUAAUAGAUUGGCUGUUUGGUAAUGCAUCAUCUGGCCAUGGCAACCCAUGAAACAAAAAUGCAGAAUGGCCCCUAGUCUUCUUUGACGUUCUUGCAUAUCUGUGGUGGUGAUGAAGAGUGUGAAAAAGGAGGAAAGAAGGUAAUAAAAAUCACAAAUUUUAAACCAUCAAUAAAAUUUAACUUGGCCAUCGGCA